AUGACAGAGAAAGUAUUUGUAACUGGAGCAAAUGGGUUUAUAGCUCAACAUAUUAUUAAACAAUUAUUAGCCAAAAACUACAAGACAGUAGGACUGGUUAGAUCAAUUGAAAAAGGAGAAAAUUUAAAAAAUUUAGUUAAUAAUGAUCCAAAUUUUGAAUAUGUUAUAAUUAAAGAUUUAACAAGUGAAGAAAGUUUUAAUAAUGCAUUAAGAGCUCAUCCUGAAACUACUAUAUUUUUACAUACUGCUUCACCAGUUACAUUUUUUGCAAAUGAUUUAGAAAAAGAUAUUAUAAUUCCUGCUAUUAAUGGUACUGCAAAUAUGUUAAAAUCAAUUAAAAAAUUUGGUAUAAAUGUUAAACAUUUGGUUUAUACUUCUUCAAUGGCAACAAUAGUUGAUACUACAGGAGAUGGUAGAAAAUCAAUAGGUAAAAUUCUUACAGAAGAUAGUUGGAAUCAAGUAGAAUAUAAAGAUGGUUUUAAAAAUGGUUAUAUGGCAUAUUGUGUUUCAAAAACUUUAUCUGAAAAAUUAAUUCAUUCAUUUGUUGAACAAGAAAAACCAAAUUUUACAGUAGGUUAUAUUCAACCAACUUAUGUAUUUGGACCACAAGCUUUUGAAAUAAAAGAUCCUCUGCAAUUAAAUUCUUCAGCUGAAAUGGUAAACAGUUUAUUAAAAUUAAAUGCAAAUGAUCCAAUUCCACCUGUAAAUGGAGAUUAUAUAGAUGUAAGAGAUGUUGCAAAAGCACACAUUGUUGCAUUUGAAAAAGCUCAAGAAACAAAUGGUAAAAGAAUGGUAUUAACUGAUUCUAUUUUUACGAAUGAAUUAUUAUGUGAUAUUAUAAAUAAAAAUUUUCCAAAAUUGGGUGUACCAAAGGGAAAUUUUGAAGAAAAUGCAAAACAAAUUAAAGAAGAUGCAUUAACUGGUGAUUAUCAUAAGACUAAAGAACUUUUAGGAUUUGAUUAUAUUCCAAUUGAACAAAGUAUUAUUGAAAUGGUUCAACAAAUUAUUGAUGCAAAACAAAAAGUUUCAAAUUAA